CAAUACCAUGUCGCCACUUGUUAAGCUUUCAGUAUACACAACCGUACCUGAUUAUUUUCUCCCUCCUUGGUCGUCUCCCAUUACGGCAAGACAAGAGUGUGUUCAAAACCCUUAAAACCUCCACCAACUGAUCAAAACGCAUACAUAACUCCGUCAUCUUCUUCGUCUUUACUCCAAAAUUCCAGACAUUUGAAUUUUGAAGCAUUUACGCAUCUGGGUGUUUGAUCUUUCAUUCACAGAUCACAUAAACUCGAUAAUCUUGGAAGAGGCAAAUGUCUAUAUCCCUUAAAAUUUCCCACAUUUCAACAUUUUCCAACGAUGGGUUUAAUAGCAUAGAGCUGCGAAAGCAAUGCAGAGCCGGUCAAAGGUUUGAAAUUGGGUCGAUUUGUUUCCGUAGAAGUCCUGGAUUUGAAUCUAGACGGAUCCAUUUGAACUCGGACUUGUCUUGUCGGAAUUUGAGAAACCGAUGUGUGGGAUCGGAUGUGGUUGCGGGUGAAAUUUCCGGUAGAUCGGUACCGGAUUGGGCUUAUAGCGGUUUAAAGGAUGAGACUUUAAGCGAUUUGGAGCCGGAACUUGAUGAUGGUGAUGGCGGCGAUGAGAAUGGGAACAACGACGGUGGUGGAAAUGGUGGUAAUGGAGGCGGAGGAGGAGGAGGAGAAGGAGAAGGAGAUGAUGGAGAGGAUGAAGCAGAUAAAGCUGAGGAGAAGGAGUUUGGUCCGAUAUUGAAGUUUGAAGAAGUUAUGAAAGAGACAGAACGUAGAGGGAUUACGUUACCGGAGGAUAUGUUGGAGGCUGCCAAAUCCGUGGGGCUUCGGAAACUGUUCCUUCUUCGUUACCUCGAUCUACAGGGUUCUGUUUGGCCGCUUGGGUUUCUUAUGAGAUCAUGCGCGAUGCUUCGAAAUAGAAUGCUUGCAGAUCCUUCAUUUCUUUUCAAAGUCGGAACCGAGAUAGCCAUAGACUCUUGCUGUGCAACUUUUGCAGAAGUACAGAAGAGAGGGGAAGAUUUCUGGUCAGAGUUUGAGUUGUAUGCGGCUGAUCUUUUAGUUGGUCUUGUAGUUGAUGUUGCUUUGGUUGGACUUUUAGCUCCCUAUGCACGUAUCGGGAAGCCAUCCGUGGCAUCAACAGGUUUAUUUAAGGACCUUAAACGUGCUUGUGCAUCCCUUCCUAGCAGUGUUUUUGAAGCUGAAAGACCGGGUUGUAAAUUCUCAGUUAACCAGCGCAUUGCAACUUUCUUCUACAAGGGCCUCUUGUAUGGGUCAGUUGGAUUCUGCUGUGGACUCAUUGGUCAAGGAAUUGCAAAUCUGAUCAUGACGGCAAAACGGUAUUCUUUCACCACCGACUUUAUCUUGCUACUUGCCAAUGAUGAAAUGAACUUUCUGAGGAGUGUGAAGAAAUCAGAGGAAGACGUCCCUAUUCCACCACUUUUCGAAAGCGCUGCGCUCUGGGGUGUGUUCCUCGGCAUAUCUUCCAAUGCGCGUUACCAAAUCAUCAACGGCCUCGAACGCGUCGUAGAAGGUUCAACAGCGGCCAAACGCAUUCCUGUGGUCGCCAUGGCAUUCACGGUGGGAGUCCGGUUUGCAAACAAUGUGUAUGGCGGUAUGCAAUUUGUGGAUUGGGCUAAAUUAUCCGGCGUUCAGUAAUAACCGGUUCGGUUUUGUUGCGAACCGGAUAGUAAACCAGCCUAGAUGUCUCCUCAGGAUGUUAGUUAUCUGAGUAUCAUUAGUGUGACUAGGUCAUUUACCGAGAGCUAGAGAAAAAGAAUGUGGUUCAUGAAUCAUGAUCUGGACCGGAUUCUUCUAACCGGAAUACUCGAUACAACAUGUUUGAUUUGGUUUUCGAAGUUGAGUUUUGUCAUGGAGUCUCCUUGUUCUCUUAUUCAUUUUUCAGAAUCGUAUGCUUUUUAUGCAAUAACGACUUAAAACAGUU